CUUCUGCAAAGGAAGGACGCUUCACUCGUUUGUAAGGGACCCCAAGAUAUCCCUGGAUAUUAACAAAACCAGGCAGAUAGCACAGGAGAUCAUUAAGGGCAUGGGGUAUCUUCACGCAAAGGGGAUUGUGCAUAAGGAUCUGAAAUCCAAGAAUGUUUUCUAUGACAAUGGGAAGGUUGUGAUCACUGACUUUGGAUUAUUUGGAAUUUCGGGUGUGGUUCAGGAAGGAAGGAGGGAGAAUGAAUUGAAGCUGCCUCAUGACUGGUUAUGUUACCUGGCCCCUGAAAUUGUUCGUGAGAUGGCCCCUGGGAAAGAUGAAGACAAGCUCCCUUUCUCCAAAGCUGCAGAUAUCUAUGCCUUUGGGACUGUGUGGUAUGAGCUCCAAGCCCGAGAAUGGCCUUUCAAGAACCAGCCUGCAGAGGCACUCAUCUGGCAGAUUGGGAGUGGUGAAGGAGUGAAACAAGUCCUUGCAACUGUUAGUUUGGGGAAAGAAGUCAAUGAAAUUCUCUCGGCGUGCUGGUCAUUUGAUUUCAGUGAGAGACCUAGCUUCACUGUCCUCAUGGAUAUGCUUGAAAAACUGCCAAAAUUGAAUCGUCGGCUCUCCCACCCAGGGCAUUUCUGGAAGUCUGCUGACAUUAACAGUAGCAAAGUUGUCCUGCGUUUUGAAAGAUUUGGCUUGGGAAUCCUGGAACCAAGUAAUCAAAAGAUAUAGCGUGGUGUGUAAUUGUCUUGUGAUAACGUUGUCUGCCUGCUUACACAAAGCCUCAGAAAUCUUCACUGAAUCUUCCAAGCUAUGACACUGGUGCAGCCGCAGCUGAAAGCCGCACGACCAUCGGUUCACAGUCCUGGGUUGUUCGUAAAGUCUGAAUUCUGCCUGAGCACCAGCAGUUAUUUAAAGAAUG